UUACCCUAGUGCACAGCCCCAGUAAACGCUCCCACCCGGCCACGAUGCUCAGGAGCGCAAAAGCGCGUGGGCGGCUGGGGCUCUCUGGAGCUCAGCUUGAGCCCUUAGGUCCACCUGACUGUGAGGCUGGGGUGGAGAGAGAGGCGCACUCUGAGCAUCCUCUAGACGUGCGGUCCCUUUACUGUGUGGGGGAUCCACAGGGGGCAUUCUGAGCAUCAGUGGGAGAGAAGUAGAGGAUGAAAGAUGGGGGAGGCAGCGACCCAAACAAAGCCUGCCACAAGGGGCUUUUAAUCCGAAAGAGGGACCCAAUUGGUUGCUGUUGGAGUGGACUCAGACCGCCCUGCUGUCCCCUGCCCUUCGAGAUCCCGAAGUCUGGGCUGCUGCUCAUCAAUCUGUCAUCAGGCAUUCCACCCCUCCUCUGGGCAUCAGUAGUUUCCCCAGCAUCUCGGCCACGCGUGGCGCUGGGAAGGAAGAGGACCAGCCGGGGUCAGGCCAGGGAAGGUCACUUCUCAGCGCCGAAGGGUACUCGGGUCCCCGAUGGUUGCAAGAACGGUUUUGCAAGUGUAGCCGUGAGCACGCACGCGUCCCGAGGCGGCAGCUGCUGCCGAGAAUAAUCCGGAGGAGAAGCCUGUAGCGGACAGAAGUCCUCGGGGAGCGCAUGGCGCCUCAGCACCGAGGGCAACGACCCGAUCGCUCCUGGGGCGAAGGAUGUCCCCGGGAGCCAGGCGCCAUCCUCUGGGCGCUCCAGGCCUGCCCAAUCCCGGAGCCCUGCGCCUCUGGCCCGAGGGGACUGGGGCAGGGACCCCGGGGAGCCGGUGCCCGGGCUUCGCUGGCGAAGAGGAGGAGCGGAAGGAGGAGCCCGGCUGUAAGGCGCGGGCGUCACCGCCCACCCGGGCCGCGCGGAGGCGGACCUGCUCGGAGCGCCGCGCGCGCGCCGGGGCUGAGCCUUGCAAACAAGUGUCUGUGGCAGUGUCCCCGCGGCCCUCCGGCGGCCCUCCUCGAGCUAGGGCUGGCUCCUCCGGGCAGAAGGAGCCGAGGAAGCCGCGGGAGCCGCCGCCUCCACUCUCGGCCGGGAACUCACCGUGCAAGGGGCGGCGGACUCUGCCAGGCUGCUCGGCUUGUGGACGCGGGGUCGCAGCACGGGCAGCGCCCCGGCUCUUCCCGAACAGCUCUUGACAGAAUAACGCGCGUGGCUGUCCCCACCCCUGGGAGGGGUUGCCGGUGCCGCGAGCUGCCUCCCAGUUUGCAGCGCUCUCCCCAGGGAGGAUCCGCCACGGAGAAGGAGUAGAAGCCACCUGGCCGAGGCGCAGAAGUGGCACUGGAGGGAGCCGGCGUGGGGUCCGCAGCCUCGUGUCCCCCCCCCCCCGCCCCUUCCCCCCGGGCGCGGCGAUCGCGGAUCCGCGGGCCGGAGCCCAGGCGCAGCCGGGAGCUUACUGGCGGCGGGGCCAGGCGCACCGCGAUUUGGGGGUCUGCUGAACGGUCCCCCGAGCCCCACGGGGGCCUGUAGCCCCUAUCCCCGGGCUGGAAGCCACGGAGAACCGCUGCCGCGGGCUGAGGACUAACACCGUCCCUCCCGAAAGCGGAUUCUGCUAUGACAGCUGGGUUCCCCAAGGGGUUAACCUGGGUGUCCUCGGCAAAGUUGUCGCCGAGCCGGGAGCCCGUUUAGGGGUCACAGCGCAGCGGCUCCGGGGCCGGCCGGGUGGCCGGCGGCGGCCGUGGCUCGGCGGGACCCGCGGGGCCGGGGGGCUUCUGGGGGUGUGCGCCCCCAGCCGGCUGCUCUCGUGGAUGCCUCCCGGCGGCGGCGGGCCCAUGAAAGACUGCGAGUACAGUCAGAUCAGCACCCACAGCUCCUCCCCCAUGGAGUCGCCCCACAAGAAGAAGAAGAUCGCAGCCCGGAGGAAAUGGGAGGUGUUCCCGGGGAGAAACAAGUUCUUUUGCAACGGGAGGAUCAUGAUGGCCCGGCAGACGGGCGUCUUCUACCUGACGCUCAUCCUUAUCCUGGUCACUAGUGGACUCUUCUUCGCCUUCGACUGUCCAUACCUCGCGGUGAACAUCACCCCCGCCAUCCCUGUGGUCGGUGGCAUCCUGUUCUUCUUUGUGAUGGGGACUCUGCUUCGGACCAGCUUCAGUGAUCCAGGAGUCCUCCCUCGAGCCACUCCUGAUGAAGCCGCUGAUCUGGAAAGGCAAAUAGAUAUCGCCAAUGGCAGCAGUUCAGGGGGGUACCGCCCACCUCCCAGAACCAAAGAAGUCAUCAUCAAUGGCCAGACUGUGAAACUAAAAUACUGUUUUACCUGCAAGAUUUUCCGUCCGCCCCGAGCCUCCCACUGCAGCCUGUGUGAUAACUGCGUAGAACGAUUUGAUCACCACUGUCCCUGGGUAGGCAACUGUGUGGGGAAAAGAAACUACCGAUUUUUUUACAUGUUUAUUUUAUCCCUGUCUUUUCUGACGGUCUUUAUAUUUGCGCUCGUUAUCACCCACGUUAUUCUUCGUUCACAGCAAACGGGAUUCCUCAAUGCCCUUAAGGACAGUCCAGCAAGCGUGCUUGAGGCCGUGGUGUGCUUCUUCUCUGUCUGGUCCAUCGUUGGUCUCUCAGGUUUCCACACGUACUUGAUCAGCUCCAACCAGACAACAAAUGAGGAUAUCAAAGGAUCUUGGUCCAAUAAAAGAGGUAAAGAAAAUUACAAUCCCUACAGCUAUGGAAAUAUCUUCACAAAUUGCUGUGUCGCCCUGUGUGGGCCCAUCUCCCCCAGCCUAAUCGACAGAAGAGGAUACAUCCAGCCUGACACGCCACAGCCAGCAGCACCAUCCAACGGGAUCACUAUGUAUGGGGCCACGCAAUCGCAGAGUGACAUGUGCGACCAAGACCAGUGCAUUCAGAGCACCAAAUUCGUUUUACAGGCCGCAGCCACUCCUCUGCUUCAGAGCGAGCCGAGCCUCACCAGCGAAGAGCUGCAUAUGCCUGGGAAACCAGGCUUGGGCACCCCGUGUGCUAGCCUGACGCUGGGUCAGCCCACGCCACCCUCCUCCAUGCCCAACCUUGCCACCGAGGCCACGCUCUCAGACAUUAUGCCCCUGAAGGACGAACACGGGGGCCACCAGUUUCUGACCCCAGAUGAGGCACCCUCGCCGCCAAGGAUGCUGGGGGCAGGCAGUCCCUUGACUCACAGCCGUACCAUGCAUUUGCUGGGCCUGGCCAGCCAGGACUCUCUGCACGAAGACUCCGUGCGGGGCUUGGUAAAGCUCAGCUCCGUGUGACCUGCGUGGGCAGUCCUGGGACACAGGUGACAAAUAAACAAACAAAAACAGUGGACAUAGCCAAGUGGACCUUUUGUUUGGAAUCUGCCGGGUGGGCCAGGAGAAGGAGGACCCUCCAUAGGAGGAGCCUGGAAUUGGAAGAGGCUGCGUGGAUGCAGCACCCUCUGUCGGCUGCUCUUGGGACAGACACAAGGAAGGUUUUCUCGAUACUGGCGGACAGACUGAAAUUGCACCUAAUGUAACGCUACUAAUUGAAAUCGACCUGCCGUUCCAUUUGUUCGUCAAAACAAAACAAAACAAAAACCCUAAAGGGAAAAGCCGACCAGACACGGGUUUGCAUGCCACACAUGUGUUCCAGUGGUGGUAUUCCAGAAGAAAUGCUGCUUUCCUCUGGUUCUUUUUAAUCUUGUGAAACUUUCCAGAGAGACAGACUGAGCCCAAUGGGCGAUGCCAUCCGUGGUGGACUUAGCUGUAUACGGAUGGAUGUCCCCUGCCGCAGAGGGCUACCGGGUCCGUCCUGCCCUGAGCGGACAUUUAACCGUCAGUGCUUAGAUGGGGUGUUGUAUUGUGCCACCUUUUGGCAGUCCUCGCCUCCUGUGUGAUGAACUUCCUGUGGACAGCCAAUAAAAUGACUCCUCUGUUAUUUUUUUUUUAUCUGUA